GGGAUACAAGCAAUUCAAAUCAGAAUUACACGUCAUGGAGGAUGUCGUCAUGAGGGGAGAUCGGCUAAUAAUUCCAGAGAAACUACAACAUAGAGUAAUUCAAUGCGCUCACGAUGGACAUCCGGGAAUGAGUGUCAUGAAGAGAAGACUACGGCAAAAAGUCUGGUGGCCGAAAAUCGAUGAGCAAGUUGAGAAAUGUGUGAAGGAUUGCAACGCUUGUACGAUAGUGUCAGCAACAGGACCCCCGGAACCGAUGCUGCGAUCAAGGAUGCCAACAAGGGCAUGGUCAGAUGUGGCGAUAGACUUUCUGGGACCGCUUCCAAGUGGUCACAACUUGUUGGUAAUGGUCGAUUACUUCAGCCGUUUCGCUGAGGUAAUAGUGAUGAAACAAAUCACAGCGGACCUCACGAUCAAGGCCCUUUUCGAAACAUUUAGUCGUUUUGGCAUCCCGGAAGUGAUGCGGUCAGAUAAUGGUCCGCAAUUCACCAGCGAAUCCCUCAGGAAGUUUUGCAGGGAAUAUGGUAUUGUGCAGCAGAAAACCACACCUUACUGGCCGCAAGCUAAUGGGGAGGUUGAGAGGAUGAAUAACACAAUCCUCAAGCGGCUCCGAAUUAGUGAAGAGUUAAAUUCAUCUGACUGGAAGUGGGAUUUGAGGAACUUCUUACUCAUGUACAAUUCAACGCCUCAUUCAGUCACAGGCGUAGCACCAUCGGCAUUGAUGUUUGGACGAAUACUGAGGGACAAAUUGCCUAGCGUACAAGAGUCAACGGAUCUGCUGACAGAAAGUAUUCGAGAUCGUGAUUGGGAGAAAAAGGUGACAACGGCAGAAUCAGAAGAUAAGAGACGACGCGCGAAGUCUAAUGAUUUGAAAGAAGGGGACAUUGUGGUGACCAAGAGGAUAGCAAAGGAUAACAAACUUUCUAGCAAUUUCGGCCAUGAACAGUUCGAAAUAGUCAAGCGGUCGGGUACGGAUGCAGAGCUUAAAUCUUUAGAAACAGGAAAGAAAUACCACAGAAAUGUAACACACCUGAAGCAAGUCAAUAGAGGAGCAGAACCACACGAAGAUGACACGUCAUUUGAAGAGCUUUCAAGCGACAUUACGGAAUCGUUGGUGCCGUCAAACGAAGCAACAAGACUCCGCGAAAGGAGAGAACAAAAGCAACCCAGCUACUUGCGAGACUACGUCACAGCGAUAGAAUGCAACGAUAAGUAAGGGGGGAGUGUGGCAUCUAUUGAUUUACAAACAAACAUUUGUACAAGUGUAGCACAUGAGGGACGAGACGGAAAAUGGGAUCGCGGUAGGAGAGCAGAAGAGUUGUAGUGUACGACACGAGCGGACGUGCCGCAUGAGACGAGAUUGAAAUAAAGUUAUAUAGUUUACCCUACGUGCAGAGGAGUAUAUUUCAACCUAGAGCCAAUUCUACACUUCAAAUGCAGUCGUAGAUAAAGUUCCGAAUAGCAACAUUAUCAUCUGCAUAGGCGACUUGAAUUCGAAGAGUUUCGUGGCACAAAUAUUCGCUCUUUCCCCAUUGACCAGUUCUCUCGUGAUGGACAUACUGAAAACCAAAUUGACCACAUCUGCAUUAGAGGAAAAUAAAGACGGAUGCUUCUUGAAGUCCUGGAUAAACGCUGUGCUGACAUCGCUACUGACCAUCACUUUCUUAUCGGCGAGAUCCGGCUACGCAUUACUUCAAUCCGCCUCUGUGGUUUCGUCUUGCGACUAGUGUCACCAAGCAUUUUAAUCGCAUCGUGAUGAAGAGCGCAGUUUCGAUUCCUGCCGCAGCUGUCAGGAGAAGUUUUUUUUUGGCUGUGCCACUGAGCGUUGCAAGCUAGUCCUUUGUCUAGUGUCGUGCUUCCUUCAAAGAGCGAGUAGCUCACUAAAAGCAUUGAACUGGAUCCAUUUGGAACUCUUGAAAAUUUAGACAUUGUAUUGCUAAUUUAGGCGAUCCCUGGUAUUAUUGUAUCCAUUGUUUUACUUAUAAGGAUAAAAAUAGAAUCAAAUUUACAAAAUCGCCCAUCGACGUUUUUGAAAAUUUCUCCAGAAGUGUGGAGUAUUUUUUUUUUUAAAUAAUGGUAAUACUGAUGAUGGUUCUUGAGAAAUUUCUUACGAAAUUUCUGAUUGAUUUCCAGAUUUUUGGAAAACUAUCGCAGUAUUUUCUGGAGAUUUUAGAAAAUCACUAUCUGAGUAUUUGUAUCGGAAUUUAUGAAUAAUUGUAUGAAAAGGAAUAGCUAGAAAAUACUCGGUAAACCUAUCAAUAUCAGAAUCCAGAAAUAAAGAAAUCUGUCAAAACUGAUGGGCAAUACUCCAAUAUUUUAAGUGAGCGGAUCAAAGAAGACUUUUCUAAAAGUUGCUGCAGGAAUUUUGACGGAAGUAUAUCCCUUUCGUGACGGACCAUAAAAGAAUGAUUAUCUCAAAUUUUCUCUCAUAAACUUAACGUCCUCUAGAAUAAAACUUUCUUUACUUCGGCUACUUUAUCCACCUAUGCACUUUUUGGGGUCAUAUUAGGACAAGCACAAUUGUGCUGGUCCGUCCUCAAGCCGGUCGAUGUUCUCUAAGUAAUUGCUAAACAUUGCCUACUUUUAGGCGUUUUAUGGUACGGAAGAUCUUGCGGAAGAUUUAUUGUAAUUAUAAUCACUGCAAAGUGUUAGUUUGUAGAAAUUUAGACGCAUAAUUUUAAAUCUAGGAACACGAGAUCGGCUUAACAGGGUAUUCAAAUCAUAGAAGUGAAUAAGAAGAAGAUAAUAAGAACAGUAAAUCCCUGUCCCAAUCUAAUUCAUGAUAUCGAUAAUAUGGAAUAAUAUUAUUCACCUAAGCAUUCAAAGUUCUUUAAAAAAACUCGUACAAGCUGAUAUCGUGUUCCUUGAGUUGAAAUUAUUCGUCUAAGUUUAUACAAACUAACACUUUGUAGUGAUUUAACAGUUAAAAUCAAUCUUCUAUACCAUAAAACGCCUAAAAAUAGGCAAUUUCUGAUGGAACUUGGACCGCCUUGGGGACGGAACAGCACAAUUGUGCUGGUCUCACUUUGACCACCCAGAAAUCUUGUGCUUUUCAACAAAGCACCACUUUUUCUUCGUCGUUUUGCAGAACUACUCUUUUUCUAUCGAUUUUUAUCUCUGCAUACCUGGUUUAAAAAAAUAUUUGCAAAAAUACGACAGAUAAAACUUUUUCAACUUCUAGGAUGAUUGUUUACAUUUUGUUUAACUUAUUGUGGCGUUUUUUUAUAAACAAUUCCAAUCAAAGCUGAGGUUCAGAAAUACAAGUUAGAGUAAUAACUCGAUCAUAAAAAAUAUUUACAUCACAUAUUUUGAGGAAAAAAACAAAUGAAAAAAAUGUGUAAAACCAAUGCCGAAAAACAGCACGAUUGUGCUGGUUCGUCACGAAAGGGAUAUGUAGAUUUUUUUAGGUGUUUUCUGUCUGAUAUCUUAGAACUGAGUUUUUAGGCCGUGACUCGCCAACUAAGUCAACCAAAUAUAUUAUCGAUGGAUAGCUGAGUUAGUUGAUAGUUGAAUGAGCUAAAAAAAUAAAAUUAUGACGUUAAUGUAACAACAAUUUUUGCUAGGGGUUUUCGACUGGAACUGGUUUGCUAUGGAAAUUCUGGCUUUCUCAGUCUAGGGAAU